UCCGCUUUCUAUCUCUCUCUCUUUCAGCACAAAGUUAUUUUGAUAAGGAAUCCUACCAACACCCCCAUUUCCACUUUUGUCCUUUCUCAAUUCCUCAUCCCACAAAAACAGAGUCCUCUGUUUCCCCUUUCCCACUCUAUAUAUAUUACCCCUCCCUUUCUUUCUGCACCCUAACUAACUUCCUAGGUUCAUGUCUUCCAAUAAGAAAACUCUUCUUAGAACCGUUUUCACAGCAAACGGAACCUGUGGUUGCACCAAAACUAAGGCCUCCGAAGUGCACGAACCAACCCCAAAACCAAAACCAAAAACAAAACCAACACCAAAACCUCACCACAUUCUCCCAAAGCCAAACCUUAGUAGCAUGGCCUCUUCCACCACUUCCCUCGACCACGUGGAUGAAGAAGAGUUCACCUCCACCACAAUAUCCGAACCUGACACUUUUCAUGAUUACAGCAACAACAAUAAUAGUAACAAAGACAACAACGUUGUACUCAAACGAAGCCCCCUCGUGGAUAGCGUGGCCAUCGAGAAGGACUCUUCCAACCCAUAUCAUGAUUUCCGACACUCCAUGCUCCAAAUGAUCUUCGAGAAGGAGAUCGAGUCCGAGGACGAUCUUCAAGAUCUUCUACAAUGCUUUCUUCAUCUAAACGCGCCAUGCCACCACCACAUCAUUGUUAAAGCCUUCAACGAGAUCUGCGACGAAGCUUUUCCUCCCAAGGUUAGUACCACAUCGACCGCCUAUGAACCAUCUCCCUCUCGCAAGAACUCCCUCGUCGUUCCAAAGAGCCGGUGAACGUGGCAAUACCAUUAACAUUGGCCACGUAGUAAAUUUAGACUACACAAUCAUACAUGAAUAGUUAAGAUUAAAAGUUAUCUAAUGAUGAUCAAACCAAUAUUUAAAAAGGUUACAAGGAUGGAUGUAUCUUUACGAAUCUUUAGUUAUUCGAUUGAAUUGUUAUGUCAUGAUUUACUCUUUUCACUUAAAAAUGUCUAUGUAGUAAGAUCCAUGAUGGAAUUAUGUUGAUAUUAUGUCUUGUUCACAUUGUGUUUAUAGAGAUUGUUUGUGCAAACACAAGUAUUGCUUCAUGGCAAUGGAUGAUUUGUUAGCUAGCCAAGAUAGCUCACACACGUGUCUAGGCCAUGUGCAGGCAUUGAAUUCACACGUGGGAAGAAGAUGCAUGUAAACAUCAUGGUUUUAAGUUGGCUUCUUAUUCAUUCUUUUAUGAGUAGUGCAUGAAAUAACUAUGUGGGGUUGGAAGGAGUGAGUUUUGGUUGAAAAGUAUGAAAAUGGGAGCUUGAGAAUCGUAAGUGGCUGUGUAAGUUUGAAAGAGAUAUUGGUUAUAAUUUCUUCUUUUGCUUA